UCCGCGCUUUGGUUGACAAUCUGCGGUCUUUUUUUACCUUAUGACAUAUAAUAAGUAGAAAAUCAUUAAUGUUUUGUUUCAAGUGACAGACAAGAGUAUUGUCAUUAUAUUAUGCGUUAAUGCGGUGAUAUUUCGCCAAUAUAAGACGUAAUUUUCUAUCAAUUUCGCUGUCCAUAAGAAACAGGCUGGUUGUCAUUCGCGCGGUGAAGCGGAACGCGCAUUACGGUGUAGUUUUAAUCGUUUACCUGGGCUGUUUGUCAAAAUUGGAAAGAAUAAUAGAUUGUUAUUUUCGACAUUUACAUUUGAUCUACCAUUAGCGGUACUUUCCGACGUGUUUAUGUAACGGAAUUUUCAGUUGUAAAUUGUGAAAGUAUGUAGAGGUAUUUUCACAGUAGUUGGAUUUUUUCCAGGGACUUUUUACUAAUAUCACUGCCUUAUUCGUGAAUAGUAAUUGUAAAUUACUUUGUCUUUUUGUAAACAAAAUGAAACAUUGACGUGUUAAGCGUUAACAUCUUCAAGUGAUAGGUUCGUGAUUCAGGAAAAAUUCCGUAUGGAUAAAAUGUGGUGAUUUAUUCUGUAGAAACGUGCAAAUUGAAUAUUCAAUAUGAAGACAAGUUUACGGAUUAUAUUAACAAUGUACAUGUAUCUGAUGACCGGUCCUGGAAAAGUGACCUCUACUAUGCCAAAAGCAAUCAAUAUCCGGCUGGUCGGUGGGAAAGAUCCUUCACAGGGACGUAUAGAAAUCCAGAGUGCCGACGGUAACGCCGGCGAUAAUCCAUGGGGUACUAUUUGCAAUGACCAAUACGAGGUAGAUAAUAAAGCAGCUACUGUGAUAUGCCGGCAACUUGGUUACCUCUGGGGGGAAGGAACUGCAAAUCGGGUGUUUUUAUCCGGCGCCACUGACAUGCCAAUAUUCCUUGACGAAUUAGAUUGUAACGGUUCGGAGACGUCCAUUACUCAGUGCAGAAGUCGCGGCUGGGGCCGACAUAACUGUUACCAUCACGAGGAUGUCGGCGCCAUAUGUCACAAUACAACAGUUCGAUUACAGACCAAAUCAAAACAGAAAAAUGUUGGAGUGGUACAGGUGAUGUACAACUAUAAAUGGGGAGACGCGUGUGACGAUGGCUGGAACGAUUAUGCCGCUACCACUGUCUGUAAAGAGCUCGGUUUUGUGUACGGUAUAGCUGAAUGCUGUUCGGCUCUUGGACCUUCAGAAUUCAGCAACGUCGACCGAUCAUACAAGUACACGUGCACCGGAAAUGAGACCAAAUUAACUGACUGUAAGAACACGAGCUACAGGGGAAUGUGUGAUUAUUCUCACCGUGCAUCCGUUAUCUGUCACAAUACAACCGCGAACAAUGUUGACACGAGUUUCGAUAUUCGGCUAUCCGGUGGUCAGGAUUACUGGGGCCGGGUAGAAGUGCGCCACAGCGGUGUUUGGGGUCAACUUUGUAACGAUAGAUGGAGUGAUGCCUCAGCCAACGUCACGUGUAAGCAAUUAGGGAAAGGCUUCAUUGGGGGCGUGGCUUUUGGACCGGUGACAACGCCUGACUUGCCGUUCUGGUUGGUUGACGUUACUUGUAAGGGCACAGAAUCGAGUAUCGAGAAGUGUAACUACACGCAGUGGGGUGAACCUCUCCUAUUUGGUUGCAACGCCGCAUAUGUGCUGUGCUACAAGAACACAGGAGUACAGGUAGAUAUAGUGGGUGGUUCAGUGCCAUCUACAGGCAGGGUCCAGAUCACAUACGAUGGAUUGAAAGGGUCUGUAUGUGCUGACGAGGAAUGGACGGACAAUGAUGCAUUUCUGGUUUGUAAAAUGAAAGGUUAUGCCGACGGUGUGGUGAAGUCCCCGACGGGCAGCUCUGCAAACGUACCGCCAUACUUCCUCAACAGACUUAUAUGUAACACUCUCACUAAUUUGUUCAUGUGUUCCACGUACGGAUGGCGGGUAAAAACAGACCAGUGUAAACAAAGUGCACAUGUCACGUGCUUCAGAAAAGUGCGAUUAAGUGGAGGAAACGAAAAUGCAGGCAUUGUUGAAUACUUUGAGAAAGAUGCCUGGACAGGGUUUUGUAGCGAAGGAUUCAAGCCAGAGUACGCUGUGUUGGUGUGUAAGGAACUAGGUCACAAAACCGGAAGUUUACUGCCAGCUGGAGCAUACGGUUCAUAUCUAUCAGCCCUUGGUCGGAAGAACCUGAAAUGUCAGCCUAAUGAUACAAGCAUUAUGAACUGCGAGUAUGACACCCAGGCAUGCCGGGCCACCCAGUAUGUAUCGGUCAGUUGCCAUGACGACACACCAGAUAACGGUCCUCGGUAUCAGCUGGUCGGCGACAGCCCCGACCCUGCGUACGGACGUGUGGACAUCUACUUACACCACAUCUGGGGAGAAGUAUGUGCGACAGGCUGGACUGAUACAGAAGCAGACGUGUUCUGUCGAACGUUGGGGCGAGGUUUCAAAGGGGGCGUGGCCGCUUAUUAUCACAAGCGACGAAGAACGCCUACACUUGUAACUGAAGUCAAGUGCAACGGAAAUGAGACAGCGUUCACUGACUGUGUGAUAGGAAACUACGCAACGUGCCUUAUCUCACAACGAGCUGGUGUCGUCUGCUACAAGGAAUCAGCUCCAACUGUUUACCUGGCCGAUGGCGGUAUGAAUUAUGGGCGUGUCCAAAUUAGCAAUGAUGACGUCAGCGGUACUGUGUGUGAUUUUGACUGGACGGACACCGAAGCUUCAGUUGUUUGCAAAGAAAUCAACAAAAACUUUACACAAGGUGAACCUUACAGUGAUUUUCCCCAGUCCACAGGAGAUGUAGUGAUAGCCAAUUAUGAAUGUUCGGGCCUAGAAAAGUCCUUGCUGGAAUGUUCCAAUGCGGGAUGGAGGUCCGUGGCGGCUAGGAAUUGUUUAGAUCACAGUCACGAUGUUGGAGUAUACUGCUAUGGACAAGUACGUGUUAUGGAUGGUAAGAAGAACUCGAACUAUGUGACUGGUCGCGUUGAAAUAUUGUCACCUACCAGCGGGGACCGACAGGACUGGAAUGUGGUCUGUGGGGACGGAUUCGAGCAAGCGGAUGCGGAAGUAGUGUGUCGGGAAAUGGGCUUUGACGCAGCUAAAGUCUUAGCCCCAGGGUCAUUUGGCGUUAAACCAAUUUGGAAAUUUUACACAAAUCUGACAUGUAUAGCCGGUGGAAGUGACAUAUAUACUGACUGCACAUUCCAAGAGGGGACAUGUAACAUGGUUACCCAUAACUACGCCAGUGUACAAUGUUUCAAGUCGGGAACCAGCGCCGAAACGGAAUACAUAAUAGAAGGUGUAAGUCACGGGCUGGUGAUAGCCCAGCAGUACGGCAUGAAUGGAACAAUCUGCGCUGACGACUGGGAUGAUACCGACGCCGACGUGUUAUGUAGAAGUAAAGGGUUCAAAGGCGGAGUGGUUCUUGGUGUUCCGGAAAUAUAUACAAGAACAGCACCGAUCUGGUUUACCGACGUGCAUUGCACUGGAAAAGAAAAAGAUUUCUCUGAAUGCGAUAAGAACGAAAGUGUUCCCAUAGAAUGCUCUAUGUCACUGAAAGCUGCAGGCGUGCUUUGUUAUAAGAACACAGGUGUUCGUCUUAAACUCGUAAAUGAUAAGAUGACCAACUUUUACGGUCGUGUUGAGAUAGAAGUUGAUGGUCAAAAUGGAACAAUAUGCGAUUCUGCUUGGUCAGCGUAUGACGCAAGGGUCACAUGUCGUCAGCUAGGGUUCCCGGAUGGAGAUGCAUUUAUGAGCUCAUAUUACGGACGCGGGACCGGUCCUGUAGUGUUGUCUGGGAUGACGUGUGACAGCAGCGAGAAAAGCCUUCUGUCGUGUCCUAGUAUGGGUUGGAAGGCGGUACAGUCUACCUGUCUUACCCAUAAACGAGAUGCAGGGGUCCGCUGUAAAAGGAAUGUUUUUACUGACCAAGCUGAUAAUUACGGCGCGGUGAAGGUCUGGCAAAAUGGUGCCUACUAUCUUGUUUGUGCCGACGAGUUUGACGAUAGAGAGGCUGCAGUCGUCUGUCGCACCAUGGGGUAUCCUUUCGGCAAAAGUCUCUGCUGUGAAGCGUUUGGAUUUCAGAGUCCAAAGAUAGGGUUCAUUGGCUCUAGGUGUACGGGAAGGGAGAGCAAUUACAACGAUUGUGCAAAAAGUUUCGGAAAAGCAGCAGCGUGUAGUUCAAAACAGUACGCGUCUGUCGUCUGCUCGAGGGAAAACCCGCUUGGUAUUGAAGUAGGUAUAGAGGAGUACAGUGCUGGGAUGGGUAGUGGGCCUGUUCUCAUAGAGCAUAUGACACAGAAAGGUUAUGUUUGUGCAGAAAACUUCGACGAUAAGGAUGCCACCGUGAUCUGUAAACAGAAAGGAUACACCGGGGGAUAUGCUUAUAAAUAUUACAAUACUGAUGUGCGCAUGCGUGCUACAUUAGACCUCCGCUGGAUGCGGGGACCAGACUGUAAUGGCACGGAGCAGCGUCUAGAUGACUGCCCUGGUAUUGAUGUUGGUAAUGUCAGUGGAUGCUUCGUGUUGUCACAUGCAGCUGUGUUCUGCUACAAAACACAAGAACAGUCCAAGUUUGAAGUUCGUCUGCAGAAUGCAAUUCAUCCUGGAGAAGGUUUUGUGCAGAUCAAGGUCAACAAUACAUGGGGAAGCGUGUGCACGAAGAAUACAUUAAUAAGUAAUUUUGAGGCGACUGUAGUUUGCAGACAGCUGAACUUUAAAUAUGGCGUCGUUAUUCCAAUACCUAACUACCCUCGUCUGAAUGGAUCGGUCUGGUUAAGCAAUAUGAACUGUGUAGGAACAGAGGCAACGCUACAGGAGUGUCUAUUAUCUGGAAUGGGGGAGACAAUUCCUGACGAAUGUCUUGCACACAAAUACGAUAUGGCAGUCAAGUGCUAUGCUAAUGUGCGAGUGUCCGCAGCUCCAACCCCGAACUUCGGUAUGAUACAAGUAUUAAAUGAAACAUCCAAUCGCUGGGUGGCAGUUUGUGACGUUGACUUCGACGACGUUGAUGCACGAGUGGCGUGUAGAAACGUGGGGUAUAAAGAUGGAAAAGCCCAGUGUUGCUCGAGUCUCGGACCUAAACUUACAUAUUAUAACCCUAUAGAAGUUGCUAACGUGCAGUGCACGGGUCAAGAGACAGAUUUCACCAACUGCACAAAGGAUAUGAGUCCAGGCGUGAAAUGUGAUUCCGGAAGUUAUGCAUCAGUGAUUUGCACGGAUGUUUCGCCGCCAGUAGAAGAUUUACAAGUGGCUAUAUCUGAAGGCAAAUCCUUUGGAAACAUUGAAGUAAAAAGGUAUGGUGUAAAAGGGGCAGUUUGUGAUGCAGACUGGGACGACAACGAUGCUAAAGUUUUAUGUAGAGAAUUAAACUUCACGACUGGAUAUGCAACAAACGGUUCAAACAGUGGUGGGUUACCCAUGAUUUUGUCGUCAGUAAAUUGUGUUGGAAGUGAAAAGAGUCUAUCCAAGUGUGCAUUUCCGCCAUUGCAGGAAGGUCACGGGUGUAACAACCGCGGUACACGUGCUGCCGUUGUAUGCUCCAUGGACAGUGAACCCAUAAGAUACCGAGUAGCUGAUAUGAAAAAUAGCCGAGGUCGUGCUGAAAUAUACUUUGACGGACGCUGGGGAACAAUAUGUGACCUUUAUUGGGAAGAUGCUGAUGCUGAUGUGUUUUGCCGCCAAGCUGGUUACUUAGGAGGUGAAUCUACAAUACUGGUGACGAAGGGGAGCACGGAACAGCCUAUUUGGAUGAGCCACGUGGAGUGCAAGGGUGACGAGAAACGUUUCCUGGAGUGCAGAGCAUCCUGGGAUGCGAAAACUAUAUCACGCUGUUCACAUUACGACGAUGCUGGUGUAAAGUGUUAUAAUUCAGCUCGCCUCAAUCGCGGUGACUAUCGUACAAAACGGACAAAUGGUAUUGUGGAGGUAUACGUCCCCUCAACCAGAUUCGCUGCUAAGAAUUGGAAUACAAUUUGUGCUGAUACUUUCACCGACAAAGAAGCAGCGGUUGUAUGUCGUGUACUUGGCCAUGAUCACGGACUUGCGGUAUGUUGUUCACCGUACGGAUACAGCACGGCACCAAUGGCAAAAAUCCGGCCAAAAUGUAACGGCACAGAAAAUCAGAUUACGGAUUGCGAAUACGUCAAAAAUGACACAAGAUGUAGCAGACAAAAUUACGCUUCAGUUGCAUGUUACAGUGGAACUAGAACUCAAACUGAAUAUUCUGUCAGUCUAAAGGGAUCACUGAAGUAUACAGGUCAGGUUGUAUUGAAAUAUCUGGGUGUUCCCGGUCGCAUUUGUUGGACGGGAUGGUCAGACGAGGACGCCCGCGUUGUCUGUAGAGAACUUGGCUUUAGAAAUGGAUCAGCCUAUUAUCAUUACAAAUCCAGUUUUAUCUACCUUGAUUAUAAUGGACCAUACUGGACAAGCAGUGUAAAGUGUAUUGGAAAUGAAACCCAGCUGAGUGAAUGUCCCCACGCUGGGUUCGGUCAUGUCAAGCAGUGUGAAGACAGAGGUCAUUACGCUGGAGUCAUUUGUUUUGAUGAGACAGAUGUUGCGUACCGUAUUUCUGGAGGUAACCAUCGUUACGGCAGGGUGGAGUUUACGUACAACGGAGAAUGGCAUACUAUAUGUAGUAACACGUGGGGAAGCGAGGAAUCAAAUGUUACAUGUCGGCAACUCGGAUUUGUCACUGGACAAACAUACAGCGGAGAAUACCUGGAAAAGCCGUCUGGAAAAGCAUAUGCCAUCAAUUAUAGAUGUAAGGGUAACGAAGAAAACUUGAACGACUGUCCUCACGAGGGUUUCCAGGAGUCGACAUACUGUCAGACGCACAAAGAUGACGAGGGUGUAUUCUGUUACACAAGCGUGAAACUGUCUGGACCUGAGGGUUCUACAAGUACGAAUGGAACAGUUUUGUAUUACGUGAACGACACAUGGUCUUUGGUUUGUGAUGAGGAUUUCGAUGACGUCACGGCACGGAAAGUUUGUCGGGAGCUUGGCUUUGCAGACGGUCGAAGUAUUUGCUGUUCAGCUUAUGGCGAAGUAAAUCCAACAGGUCGAUUUUCAAGACUGUCUCGUGUAUUCGGACCAAAACUAGGCAACUACAGUCUACAUUGUGACGGGUCUGAGGAGAAGCUUGCCGACUGCCUCAAGUACAAAGAAUGCUCCUCAAAGAGAUACGCAUCAGCUGUGUGCUUCGCAAGCACUUACACUAUUGAUGAAAACACAUACACUUUUGGUCUUGAGAAACCCGGUCAAGGUCAAGUUGAGGUCACAUAUAUGGGGGUCAAAGGUCGAAUUUGCAGUCGUGAUUGGGAUGACAACGAAGCUAAUGUGUUUUGUCGUAACCGAGGUUUCGCAUUUGGUAUUGCCUAUCAGCACUCAGAAAACAACGUGUUGAAGGAGAAACGAGGCCCGUACUGGUUUGGAGGCUUCAACUGUUCGGGAGACGAGAAGACAAUAAUGGAUUGUACACAUUUAAACAGGACAAAUCUAGAUAACUGUACCAAUUACGAUAUUGCUUCAGUUCUUUGUUACAACGAAUCAGGUGUAGAGUACAGACUUGCGGGCGGCGGUACCCACUUCGGACGUGUUGAGGUUUCUGUCGGUAAUGAAUGGGGUACAGUUUGCGAUCAGUAUUGGGAUCGACGGGAGGCUAAAGUAUUCUGUCGGCAAUUAAAUUUCACAGAUGGAGAGGCAAUUGGCGGUGCCCAUUUUGGUCGAGGAUCAGGGCCAAUAUGGAUAAGUCAUCUUGAAUGUAAAGGAAAUGAGAAACAACUGCACCAGUGUCCUCACAGAGGGUUUGCCAACGAAUAUUCGUUUGAUUGGUGGUUUCCUCUCCCGUGUGAAACGCAUAAUGAUGAUGCAGGCGUUUACUGUUAUAAAUCAGUACGACUGAACUCUGGGCCUACUGCACACGCCGGUGGUUUAGAAGUUCACAAAGAUGGUAAAUGGUAUGGUGUUUGUGACACUGGCCUUGACCUCAAAGCUGCUAGGGUGGCAUGCAGAAGUAUCAAGAAGGAGUACAUAGAUGCCCGAACUAUACCAGGUUCGGCUUAUGGAAACCUGACUGGUGAUAUUGGCUUUACUAACGUGAAGUGUAGUGGUGAUGAGGAGGAUUUGGCAAAUUGUCCGAUGGACUUUACAUCAACUUGUACAAGCGGGCACUAUAUUUCCCUGUUCUGCAGCAACACUACCAUACAAGAUACAGGUUUCAAAGUGCGUCUUGCACCCGAUAGUUUAGCCAGUGAUCUGCACGGGAUUCUCGAGGUUCGCGUUAAUGGUGUCUGGGGCAGGGUGUGUCUGCACGACUUUGAUGACAGGGACGCUAUGGUAGCGUGUAAACAGUUUGGCUAUGAUGGUGGUAUAGCAUAUCUACAUAUUAUGAAAAACGACAAACCGGUGUUAUUGAGAGACGUCCAGUGCGUGGGCAAUGAAACAACGUUUGAACAGUGUCCUAGCAAACAGAUGAGCCCAGAUUUAAAGAACUGUAAUUACGCCUCUAACGAUGCGGGAGUAAUUUGUUAUCGUAAAAAGAAUGACGUUGGAUUUAACUAUCGGAUGGUCGGAGGUUCGAAUCGGUCUACAGGACGUGUGGAGAUAGGGUAUGAGGGUCGGUGGGGAAUGGUUUGUGCUUGGUCCUGGCAGAGUGCUGAUGCCAGAGUUUUAUGUAAAGCUUUGGGUUACACAGACGGAAUAGUUGAAUAUACCGUUAAUAAAUCACUUACAUACAGUAUGCCAUGGGUUACCGGUUUCUUCUGUCUGGGAAACGAAGAAACGCCGAUGACCUGUCUUAAUACGGGAUUUAACUCGACUUUCCUAACCGAUCUUUGUAUGGGUGGCCGCGAUCCUGGAGCCUAUAGUAAUUGCUACAACGAGAAAGUGGAAGGAAAAAAUAUUCGUCUUGUUAAUGGACGAGAUGAAUUCAGGGGGCGUGUGGAGAUAUAUGUAACGGGAGCGAACUCUUGGGGGACUAUUUGCGACGACUACUGGGAUGAAGAUGACGCUAUUGUCGUCUGCAGACAACUCGGAUAUUACGGAGGGACUCCUCUCAGACAAGCAGCUUUUGGUGCAGGAACUGGUCCUAUCUGGUUUGAUAAUGUGAAGUGCCGUGGGAACGAGAGUACACUGUUUGAGUGUGCACAUCGUGGUAUAGGAACACAUAACUGUAACCACACUGAGGAUGUUGGCGUCAUUUGUCUUGAGUCACCACCAAUUACAACCGCAAUCACGACUGUCAGUACCAAAACAACAACGAAGCAACCUUCUACGACAACAACAACAACGACAACAAAAACAACAACAAGCACGACAACUGCGCCACCUACGACACCAUCGCAGAGACCACCAACCACACCAACAUUAACCACAGCAAAAUCUACCUCUACAACACCAUUUUCAACCAAGAGAGCAACAACGACAACAGAAAAGAAAACCACCUCAACAACGACUGCAAAAUCUACAACUGUGUCAAAAUCAACCACAGCUCCAACGACUGCUUCUUCUACAAGUACAAGAUCAAAUAACAUUACAGUAUCUGCCGGACUGACUUCGACAUCGAAAGCAAACCUCGGAGUGGUUGUCGCACUGCCUUUAGUUGCAGUAUUAUUGAUUAUUAUUAUAGUGGCUAUUGUUGUUUGGAGAUAUAGAAGAGGAAAGAUGCCGGGAUAUUCUAGAGAAAGAUUUGAUGAUUCGGUGAUAAGUCGAGAAUCGGACGGCACGUUGUCUGCAAGCAAUCAACUGUAUGACUUGAACCUACAACCCACAUCCUCUAGUGAUAUAUCAUCCCCGGGAGAAAAUGGUAACAUGAAACUUGGCAAAAAUGGUAAUGCAUUCUACAGUAAAGGUUUGUCAAAUGGUGAUAGCUCCGCAGGUGCUUUUACAAACCCUCUGUAUGAGGUUAGUAGAGACCUGGACUCAACAGAGAGUCAAAAUAAUAUUGAAAAGACUCUUCCAUCAAAUGGGGAAUUAACCUUCCCAGAGAGUGAUAUUUUUAAUGAUCAUACAAGUGCAUAAUUCUUAACAUUCCAAAAUGCUCACUUUGAAUUCAAAAUUUAUCGUGUAAGUGUUUUGAAUGUUGACUUAUAGUUGAGUUGGUAAUUUGUUCAUUUACAGUUCGCGAGUUGUUUAUAAAUUGUUUUGCAUUUAUUAACAUUUAGCAUUUAUGACGGCAAUAUCUGGAAAAAAACAAGUUCUAGCUUCUGCAUUAUACAUGUUUUUUAUGUUUUUUAUUCAUAAACUUGCAGUUUUAAGCGUUGUGGAGACAUUACAUUAUUUGAAUGACGUAUGUGAUUUUUUGCACUGUCUUUGUAACAUUUAUAGUGCUCUUUUUUAUGGGGUAAUGAUAUGUCCUUUGUCGUACAUUCAUGGUCCGAAAAUUGUGUUUAUCCGGAAUAUGGUCACUCUUGUGUGCAGACAUAUUCGUAUUCAAAAUCUAGAAAUUUUGAAGGCGCCCUAAUUCUCAGAGUGACCCUUUUGUGUCCUCGGUAUAUACCCUAAUGGUAAGGUCAUAUAUUGCCGAGGCAUACGUUUAGGACGUUUUGACAAGAAACAUUCCUUCAAAUAUAUAGUGUAGUUUUCGUUCACAAGGUCGACCCUCGGACUAUGUGUCAUUUCUUACCCUUUAAAGUUUUUGUCGUCUAUAUUUUUAUUUCGGUAUUACCGUUUCUUUUCUGUUAACCUUUACCCUGAUAAAUUUCUAAAAUGGACUGGUCCAUCAUUCAAUUUGGGCAAUACCAGUUAUAAUUAGAAGGGGUGUUUACUGAAAAUUUACUGACUGAAUAGCGAACAGUGCAGACCAUGAUCAGCCUGCAUGUGCAGGCUGAUCUUGGUCUGCACUGGUCGCAAAGGCAGAAUCACUUGCCACCAGCUGGCUAAUGGUUAAAAUAGGGUUGUUCUGUUAGUCUCUAGUAUAUAUUAUUGUUGCCAGUCUAUUCUUUGCAACAUUUGGAUUAUUUGUUACGAGUCUUCUUUCAGUUGUAUGUUACUGACAGAACCAAUACUAGGUGUUAUUUUUUGCGAUUUGUAUUUUUUUUUGUACAAAUUUUAUACAAAAACUUUAUAAUAUUUACAAAUAUAAGCAAAAUUGAAGUGUAACCUUGUCGUGCAAUAUUUGUUUGAGUGUUUCAGUAACGAAAUAGGUCCUUCAGAUUUUAAACUAACGUUCAGUUUGUUAUAGCUUACCAUAACCCUUUUUUUACUAAAUCAAUGUUUUCUCUUGCCAAAUUAUCAAAAUAUCACAUACAAUAAUUGUAAACUACAUAUAAGUAACACUGCCACGGAUUACUGUUUACUAAGUCAAUGAUUUACGGAAGUGUUAUAGUAAGGACUCGUUAUUACACGUAUAUUACGAUGUUCUACAUGUUGUGACAGAACAGACAUUGAACCAGCUGGUCUGGUCAUAUUUGCUGAGAACUUAUGAGAAUUGUGGAAAGUCAUUAUGUCUCCCACCACACAGUGGUGUGGGAGACAUAUUGAUUUACUCCUGUCUGUGUGUAUGUGUGUCAGUCUGUGUGUCUGUCACAAAUCUUGUCCGCACUCUAAGUCGAACAUUUCUCAUCCGAUCUUCACCAAACUUGAACAAAAUGUGUUUGCCAAUAAGUCCUCAAGCAAGUUCGAGAACUAGCCAGAUCGGCCCAGGCACUUCGGAAUUAUGGCCCUUGAAACUUGUUUUUGAUAAUCAAAGCGUUGAAAGUCUGAUAAGGCGGUUUAAGGCUUGGUGCAUGGUUGACUCAUAUACUACUACUCAGAUGAUUAGGCAGUUGUGGGAGACAUGCGCUUUUCUCAAAAGCAGCUCUAGUUAAACUCUACAUUGUAUGAUACACUUUAUGCAAAAAAGUCUACAUACUGCCAUUAAAAGCUUGAAAAUUAUAUAUUUCUAAAACACAGCGGUCUUCAUAGAAAGCCUAUCUUACCUGUUCUUGCUAAUAUAAUAUCUGAUUUGCCUGUGAGGUGGGGCCUCCGUGGCCGAGUGGUUAAGAUCGCUGACUUCAAAUCACUUGCCCCUCAUCAAUGUGGGUUCGCGCCUCACUUGGGGCAUUGAAUUCUUGUGAGGAAGUCGUCCAGCUGGCUUACGGAAGGUCGCUGGUUUCACCCAGGUGCCCGCUUGUGAUGAAAUAAUUCACGGAGGGGCAUCUGGGGUCUUCCUCCACCAUCAAAGCUGGAAAGUCGCCAUAUGACGUAGUAGUGUCGGUGUGACGUUAAACCCAACAAAAAAAAUGGCCUGUGAAGUUGAAAGGUCAUGUAAGGGGAAAUGACAAACUACAGUGCACGAACCUCUGUAAAGUUUAGACUUCACUAAAUCCAUUAAUUUACUCCCUUAAAUUUUUUCCAAAACCAUAAAAAAACAACAUAGUUUUAAAAACAAGAAAUUUAUUUAUUUCGUGUCAUCGAACUUAUAAACACUUGAUCUUUAUCGGGCAAUUUAAUGAAUUAAGAGUCAUUUUCAUUCGUAUAUCCCGACUUAUAUAAUAGUAUAAAAUUUGUAAGACUUUUGAGAGGAAGCAGAGAUAGACUGUGUACGGCUUUGUAAACAGAAACAUAUCAUGAGAGUUGUUAAAUUAUGUAUUCAUAUUUGGUAAUUGAUAUUUUCUGUUAAAUAAAGUAUAUUUCUUUACAG